GACAAUGGCAAAAGGGAAACGUGCCCCCAAGGGGAAAAAAAUAACCCUUAAAGUUGCUAAGAACUCUAUUCGGAUUACAUUUGAUGGCAGGCGAAGGCUGGAUCUAUCUAAGAUGGGAAUUGCUGUCAUUCCUAAAUGCUUGUUAAAGCUCUGUGAUGUGGAAGAGCUGGAUCUUAGUCGAAAUGUAAUACAGAAAGUGCCUGAUUGGAUACAACGCUUUCAAAAUCUUCGCUUGUUGGACCUGCAUAGCAAUCAGAUUGAGAAACUUCCUGAAUCUAUAGGCCAGCUUCAAAAUCUUCUUCAUCUCAAUGUUAGCAACAACAAACUCACAGCAAAAGGUGUCCCUAUGGAGCUGAGCCAGCUGAAGAAUCUUCGACAACUUAAUUUUGGUCUUAAUGCUAUUGAUGUUCUUCCAACUACAAUAGGUGCCCUUAAAGAACUGAAAGAGGUAGGUCUCUUUGAUAACAAUCUUACUACAGUGCCUCCCAGCAUCCUUAAAUUGCCUAAAUUAAAGAAACUGAAUACCAAGAGAAAUCCUAUAUUGCUAAAAAAAGAACUGGAGGCAGAACAACAGGAGGCCAUCCAACGUGUUGAAAAUCUUUACCUUGUAAGCGAGAAGAAUUUGUGCAGUCCCUGUGUCACUAAGUGUCAAGCCGAAAGAAGCAUGCUGAAUAAGCUAAAGAAUAUUGUGACUCCUUUAGUAAAGAAACCUCUCUUCGCUAACCUGGUGACCCCAAAUUCAAUAGCCAAAGAAAUCCAAGCAAAGGAUUAAAAAAUAUUG